ACCUCACUUUUAUUCUAUCUCUCUCUCUAUUUCUAAAAAUCAAAACCAUAAAAACGUCUCUUUGCCUUCGCUCAGUUUAAUUUUGGUUCACCGAAGAAGACUUGAGAGCGACUCGGACUCAGACUAGGGUUUUGAAUCGGAGCUAUGGCGCCCAACGAUCCCAAGCAAGGCGGCGGAGGCUUCUUCGCCUCCAUAGCCUCCACUUUCAGCGCCGUCACCAAAUCCGUCAACGGAUUGGUUGGAUACGAAGGCCUGGAGGUUAUCAAUCCGGAUGGAGGCACUGAUGAUGUUCAUGAGGAAGCCAGUAAAGGAAGGUGGAAGCAGGAGGAUAGGGAUGGUUACUGGAAGGAAAUGCGGAAGUAUGUAGGUGCUGAUGUUACAUCAAUGGUGACCCUUCCAGUUCUUAUUUUUGAGCCAAUGACUAUGAUACAGAAAAUGGCAGAGUUGAUGGAAUAUUCCCAUCUGUUAGAUAUGGCAGAUGAAUGUGAGGAUCCAUACAUGCAAAUGGUUUACUCUGCAUCUUUCUUUAUAUCUGUUUACUAUGCCUUUCAACGCACUUGGAAGCCAUUCAACCCCAUUCUUGGUGAGACUUAUGAAAUGGUUAAUCAUGGUGGCAUUACAUUUGUAGCAGAACAGGUUAGUCAUCACCCUCCUAUGAGUGCUGCUCACGCAGAAAAUGAGCAUUUUAUAUAUGACAUUACGUCAAAGGUGAAAACCAAAUUCUUAGGGAACUCGAUUGAUAUCUAUCCAGUUGGAAGGACACGUUUGACCCUCAAAAAGUCUGGUGUAGUCUUGGAUUUGGCACCCCCACCAACAAAAGUCAACAACUUAAUUUUUGGAAGGACAUGGGUUGAUUCACCAGGAGAUAUGGUUUUGACCAAUUUGACUACAGGGGAUAAAGUGAUUCUAUAUUUUCAACCAUGCGGCUGGUUUGGAGCUGGUCGCUAUGAAGUUGAUGGAUAUGUUUAUAAUUCUACUGAGGAACCCAAGAUAUUGAUGACUGGAAAGUGGAAUGAGGCCAUGAGUUAUCAACCCUGUGACGCAGAAGGUGAACCACUUCCUGGCACUGAACUGAAAGAGUCUUGGAGAGUUGCUAAAGUUCCAGAAAAUGACAAAUUCCAGUACACAUAUUUUGCACAUAAAAUAAACAGCUUCGACACUGCUCCUAAGAAGUUACUGGCGUCAGAUUCUCGGUUGCGUCCUGAUAGAUACGCGCUGGAGCAGGGAGAUUUAACUAAAGCUGGCUUUGAAAAGAGCAGUCUGGAGGAGAGGCAGAGAGCUGAAAAGAAAAAUAGAGAAGAAAAGGGUCAUGAGUUCACUCCAAGAUGGUUUGACAAAACAGAUGAGAUCUGUCCCACAACGUGGGAUGACUUGCAAGUUUACCAAUACAAUGGCAAAUACACCGAACACCGGGCUGCGAUAGAUGACUCGGACAGCGUUGAAGCAAUUGACGUCAAAUCAAUAGAGUUCAACCCCUGGCAAUACUAGAAUUUGGCUGCCUGA